CAGCUACCUUAACCAUAAAAUAGGAAUACUAAUUUAUAGGAUAUGAAUGAGAAUUAAAUGUGCAUACAUAAUGAAUUACAGCGUCUUCUCAUCUUGCUGGUGACCUCUGUAAUCAUGGGGGUACCCUUGUACUCAGUUCUUGGGCUUUUUCUCUGUGUACCUUUAUCCCUUAGUGAUCUCUUUCCGACCUGUGGCUUUACUUACUACCUGUGCUUUGACAACCUUCAACAUUUGUGUAUAUAACCUGGACAUAUACCGCAAACUUUAGACUUAACAAUUGCAUGCAUAAUUUCAUUUCGGAUAUUAAUAGAUAUUUCAAACCUAAAAUCUCAGGAUCUUUGCCCCUAAGCCUGUUCUUCCUACUGUCUUCCUCAUCUCAGUUAAUGAAAACUUCAUUUUUAGUUGCUCAAGUUAGGUAUCUUGAAGUUACCCUUUAGUCCCCUUUCACACCUCCUGUCUUAAUCCAUCAACAAAGUGACUUUACGUUCAUGUAUCUAAAAGUGAUCAGAAUAAUCAUUGAAGAAUGUAAGCCAAAUCAUGACACACCUGUCUGCUCAGAACUCCAAUGGUUUCCCAUCUCACGCAGCGUAAAGCCAGAGGGCCUCAGGCCCCGCACUAUCGCCACCUUUUCCACCUUGUUGCUUUUCUGCCUACCUCCUUUUUCUCGUUUACUCUGCUCCAGCCACACCAGCCUUCUUCAGAUUGCUCAUGGUAGGCAACUUCACCUCAAAAGCUUUGCAGGUACUGCCUUGGAGGAACAAUCUUCAUGCAGAUAUUUGUAGGAUUUAUUACCUCACCUGUUUCAAGUCUUUGCUCAAAAGUUGCCUUUUCAAUAAAGCCUUUUCUGACCAUCUUGUUUAAUAAUCAAACACAUUAUUCAUUUUGGUUUUUAUUUGUCUUCCACCACUUCAGGUCCUUCUAACUAUCACCUUAUUAAAUAACUAGAGGCUCAGCGCACAAAAUUCAUGCACAGAAUUAUCAUGAAAUUAUGACUCACCAUCCUGAGAAUUAUCAGUGGGAAAACUGGAGUCUAGAAAAUGUUGCCACCAUUUUAGCCCACCGAUUCCCCAAUAGUUAUAUUUGGGUGAUAAAAUGUUCUCGAAUGCAUUUGCACAAAUUCAGCUGCUAUGACAAUUUUGUGAAAAGUAAUAUGUUUGGUGCUCCAGAACACAGUACUGACUUUGGAGCUUUUAAGCACCUUUAUAGCUUAUUAGUUAAUGCUUUUAACUUAUGUCGGAACAGUUGGCUAUCAAAGAAGAAUGUGAAAGACUUGAAUAAGGAUUCCAAAGCAUCUAAUUGUAGAUCCAGUUCUUCUCAUACUAAUGGUUGCCAGGGAGAAAAAGAGAACCCCUGUGAAAACUUCGAUGAGUCUGCCCUGAGUUUUUAUCCACCAUCAUUAAAUGGUGCUUCUUUUACUUUGAUUGGAUUCAGCAAAGGUUGUGUUGUUUUGAAUCAGUUGCUUUUUGAAUUGAAAGCAGCCAAGAAAGACAAGAACAUAGAAGCUUUUAUCAACAGCAUAAGAACCAUGUACUGGCUGGAUGGUGGACAUUCUGGAGGAAGCAAUACUUGGAUUACUUACCCAGAAGUCUUGAAAGAAUUUGCACAAACAGGGAUUGUUGUUCACACCCAUGUAACACCUUACCAAGUACGUGAUCCAAUGAGAUCUUGGAUUGGAAAGGAGCACAAGAAAUUUGUUCAGAUACUUGGAGAUUUUGGUAUGCAGGUGACUAGCCAAAUUCAUUUUGUAAAGGAAGCUCCUUGCAUAGAGAAUCACUUCAGGGUUCAUGAAGUAUUUUGAGACUACAAGAAUAUUAAUGUAAUACUUGCUCAGUGGAAGAGGAAAAGCACUUUGAGUUUUAGAAAUUCAGAUAACGAGAUGUAAUUCAUAGAUAAUACAUCCAUUUUUAGGGAGGGAACAUACAUUCCUAAAAUAGGCGUAUAAUGUGCAAUAGUAUUUCUUGCCUCUGAAUGUGAACUUUUAAUUUGGACUGGAUCAGAAUUAGUUUGAAAUUUAAAAGAUGGUUUGUGAUAAUCCUAAGAGGAGAUAUAUAAAACCCUUAAUGAUGAAAGUUACAAUAUAGUCCUUAUAAAAGGUAAUUAAAAUUGUUAUUGUUGGAAAUAGUUUGUUUUCUGGGUAAUGUUUAAAACUGAUUUUGGUGGCAUUUUAACAAUAGCUGGCGAUUUUGGCACUGAACACUUUUGAGUAGAAACACUCCAUUUCUCUUCAAACAAAGCCAAAGUACAUGGAUAUUUUCCAUCAUUUUGGAGUAACUACCCUGCCUUUUUGUUUUGUAAAUUCAUGGAAUCAUUUCAGUGUGCCACCAAGUGUUUUUUCUCAACUCAAAAUAUAUUUGUUUCCAAAUAACCAAGAAUGUGCAGUAGUAUAAAGUUUGGUUUUUAAAAACAUUACACUUAAGCAUUGUGGCUAAAUUUUUAAUUGACAACUUUUGGCUAGAACAUUUUGGAGUUUUUUAAAUCUUGGCUGCAAACUAGUUCUUUGGGGAAAAUUGUUUUAAAAUGAACAUAAUUCUGUAUAUUGGGUAAAAAUAUGUUACAGAUUGAAAUUUUUUUCACAUCAGUCUUUUGAGAGAGAUCAACUUAGGUAAAAUAAAUAUAUAACACUAUUUGUUAGUGUUUGGUUGACAAGGGGAUGGAUUCUGUGGAUCUGUCAGUGUUUUCUCCAGAAGCAUGAUUUUGCCUGCCAAAAGAAAGCGGCUCUCUUUGGCCAGAAUGCAAAAAUUAUAUUGCUAUAAGAAAAGUUACAAGGGAAAGUUUGAAGACACAAUUUAAUUUUGGCUCAAAAAGUGAAUUUGCUUAACACUGCUACAUAAUUUGGUGAGGUUUCCUUCUUCCUGUUUCUCUUGACCUAGAUAAAUACAUUUUGAGAAACCAAGAUCUAAUUAAUAUCAACCAAUAUUAAAACAUAGCUGUGUGAUUAAAAUAAAAGGUGAGUGGUCACUGUAUUUAUAAUUAGCAUUUCAGGGAAUGAAAUAAAGCAGGGAAUUAACACUGCUUCCAGACUGGAGAAAAAAGACUGAAGCUUUAGUUUAUAAAACAAUAUAGUCAAAAUGUUAAUAUUUUUGUUUUUCCCCCAGAAUUGUAUUUUAAUGAUUAUAAACACAUUCCAAAUAUUCAGGGACUUAUCAGAAAGGAUUCUUAUCAAAUGUGUAAAAAUAACAUCCUUUAAUUCUAUAAAUUACAAAAUGGUAUCAAGGUGGUUUUUGUUUUUUAAGGACAAAAUAGUUUUAUAUUGCUUCAAUUUCUUUAAAUACCUGCUGUUUCUUUUGAGACCAAAAAUUCAUAACAAGGAAAUGAGUCAGCCUGAUUCCAGCAUUUUAUUACCUUAAAGCACCAUAAUUGGCUUCUUUUAAUGUGUCCUAAUCCUUGGUUAAGUUAAUGUGUAUCUGAUGUAAACUAGCAAAGUUACUGAAUGCUCUAAUGAGGGGAAAGAAAGGAAUUUCUAUGCUUAAAGUGGAAAAAUUAACUU